AUGACGAAAUUUUUAACAUUUUGUACACGUAUUGAUUUUCUCUUAAUUGCCAUUGUACUUAUGUCAAUGAUGGAAUUAUCUCGAGCCGUAGCUUCCUCACGGAAUCUUCCUCAAACUGACAUGACUGUCGAUGAUGAUGAUAAUUCUGAUGCACAAGAACAACAACGAAUAUAUGAUUUAAAUAAGUUAAGACGUUUUCUGUUGACAUCAAAUGCUGAACAACGCGCUGCCAAAAGAAAACAGCAAGCUUUUGUCAAACAAGAAUUAAUCCGUGAAUAUCUUCAAUUUUUAUCUGAGCCAAAUCGUAACCGAUUUCAAGAAAUAAAAAUUGCACAUUUUAAUGCACGGCUAUAA